AUGCCUCCACGCCACCAAACCCUCCCACCAGCUCAAACUUCCUCUGCCCGCGAAGCCCUCCAAUCUUUCUACUGCCAGCUAUGCCAAAAGGGAUACAGCCGCAUGAACGACUAUGAAGCCCAUCUCUCCUCCUACGACCACAGCCAUAAGCAGCGCCUUAAGGAUAUGAAGCAGAUGGUGCGGGAUCCCCAGGCUGCCGCACGUGCUAGGAGACAGGAGCAAAAAAAUGAGGGCGUCAUUUCCAUCAAGCUUGGAGAAGCUGCGGCUGGUGGUGCUGGUGCUGCUGGGGGCGGCGGCGGUGGAUUCAAGAAGGGCGGGUUUAAAAAGUCAGGGUUUAAGAGCGCCUUUGUUCCUGUUGGGGAGAAUAAAUCGGCUACAUCAGCGACUGCUGCACCGGCUCCAGGAACAAACAUUGAUACAGCGCCAGAUGGCCAGCCGGGGAUUAAGAGGGCACUGAGAAGCGAACUGGUUGAGAGCGACACCGAAGACGAGGGAUACGAAGUUUACGAUCCUAGGAAACCGACUGAUUGA